AUGACGGAGGCUAACAACCAGCGAUUCAGCGCUGAAGCCGCAGCAUGGGAUUCGAAUUCAGAUCAUGUGCAUACCUGCGACGAAGCGGUCCAAAGUAUUAUGCAUCACGUGCCGGCAUUCACUGAAGGCAAGGCUAAAGACCUUGACGUCCUCGAAAUCGGCUGUGGCACCGGCCUAGUAUCGUUCAAGCUAGCACCCCAUGUUCGCUCACUUGUCGGCGUUGAUACCGCAGACGGGAUGAUCGAUGCUUUCAACGCCAAAGUCGCCGCUCUUCCUAAGCCCGAAACCGCCAACCUAGCUGCGGUCAACGUCCUUGUGCAAGACGCAGAUGACGUGCAUGUUCAAGGAGCUGCGGCCGCUCUUGCAACUAGACGAGGAGAGUCUGGUCACGAUGUGCCGUACAGGUUCGAUCUCGUGGUUUCCCAUUUGACCCUUCAUCACCUCCCAUGGCUUUCCGUCGUUCUAGGGAUCCUGAUGCAGACUUUAAGACCGGCAGGUCGGAUUGCGUUGACGGACUAUGAAGAUUUUGGUAGUGAGGCGAUAAGAUUCCAUCCAGCGACAAAGAGAGAGGGCGUGGAGAGUCAUGGGAUCAAGAGGGGUGAUAUAGAGGCAAUGAUCAAGAGAGCUGGGUUUGAAAAUGUUAAGGUCGAGACCGCGUACACAUUCUCCAAGAAGGUCGAAGCUGAGGGCAAAUUACCGGAAACGACGAUGGAUUUCCCUUUCUUGAUCUGUUUGGGACAAAAGCCUUCAUAA